AUGGCCUUCACAAUGCACUCCCACUCGGGCCAGUUCUGCCCUGGCCACGCCAAAGACCAGCUCGAGGACAUUAUCCUGCACGCUAUCAAGGUCGGAUACAAGACCAUCGGCCUCACCGAGCACAUGCCGCGCACUGAACUGUCCGACCUGUAUCCCGAAGAGCUCGACCCCUCUCCCGAAGAGACGCUGGCGUCGCUCGCGCCGCGACACGAAGCCUACCUGGCCGAGGCGCGCCGGCUGCAGCAAAAGUACGCCUCCCAGAUCCACGUCCUGAUCGGCUUCGAGGGCGAGUGGAUCCGGCCGGCCUACGGGCCCCUGAUCCGCUCGCUGGCCGCCGACCCGGCCGUCGACUACUUCGUCGGCUCGAUCCACCACGCGCGCGGCGUGCCCAUCGACCUGGACGCGCCCACCUACGCCGACGCGGUCCGCGCCUGCGGCGGCACCGAGCGCGCCCUCUUCGCCGCCUAUUUUGACGAGCAGUUCGCCAUGCUCGAGGCGGUGCGCCCCCGCGUGGUCGGGCACUUUGACCUCGUGCGCCUGUUUAGCUCCGCGCCAGGCCGGUCGUUGCGCCGCGGCAAGGGCGGCGAGGAAGUCUGGGCGCGAGUGGUGCGCAACCUCGAGUGCGUCCGCCGGUACGGCGGCUGGCUCGAGUGCAACACGAGCGCGCUGCGCAAGGGCCUGGCCGAGCCGUACCCGCAGCGCGAGAUCGCCGAGGAGUGGGUGCGCAUGGGCGGCCGCUUCACCUUUGCCGACGACAGCCACGGCAUCGCCCAGGUCGCCACCAACUACCGCAGGGGACUCGACUACCUCGAGGGCCUGGGCGUGAAGGAGGUGUGGACGCUCGAGCGGCGGCGCGCCCCGGCCGCCGAAGAGGGAGGGGGAGGGGGGGACGAGGACGAGGCCGAGCUGGUCGAGAGGAGCGUGUCCAUCGACGAGUUCAGAGCCAGUAUGAAUCUCGAGUAA